ACGAUAAAAACAAGUAAAAAUGUGGUCUUCUUUAAUACACGGUUUGUUCCUUUUCAAAAAGGAUUAAAGUUAACUAUGCGGAGCCGAAGUAACUCUGGCGUGCGUCUCGACUAUUAUCAUCGACUCGUCACAAAGACCAUCUUAUCUCACCAGAAUCCAAUCACUGGUUUGCUACCAGCCAGCGCCGAUGUGCAGCAUGCCUGGGUACGGGAUAAUGUCUACGGCAUCAUCGCAGUGUGGGGUCUGGCACUGGCCUACAGGAAACAGGCCGACCUGGAUGAGGACAGAGCCAAGGCCUAUGAGUUGGAACAGCAUGUUGUUAAGCUCAUGAGAGGGCUUCUCAUCUGCAUGAUGAAGCAAGUCAAGAAAGUGGAGACCUUUAAGAAAUCACAGAGCCUCGAUGACUGUCUCCAUGCCAAGUAUGACACCACAACAGGGGAGACGUGUGUUGGGGAUCACCAAUGGGGACACCUGCAGAUAGACGCCACCUCCCUGUACCUCCUCAUGCUGGCACAGAUGACUGCAUCAGGUUUACAGAUCAUAUUCACUCUUGAUGAAGUGGCGUUCAUACAGAAUCUAGUCUUCUACAUUGAGCAUUCAUAUCGCAUACCAGAUUACGGCAUUUGGGAAAGAGGUGACAAAACCAAUCAUGGCUUACCAGAACUCAACGCAAGUUCCAUAGGAAUGGCAAAGGCUGCAAUGGAAGCAUUGAAUGAAAUAGACCUGUUUGGAGCAAGAGGUGGCCCAGCUUCAGUCAUCCAUGUCCAGGCCGAUAUGAUUGCUAAAUGCCAAGCAGUCUUAUACUCGAUGUUACCAAGAGAAUCAAGCUCAAAGGAGAUAGAUGCAGGUCUCCUGAGCGUGAUUGGCUUCCCAGCGUUUGCAGUGGAUGAUGAAUCACUCAUUAACCUGACUCGGACACAUAUUAUCGACAAACUACAAGGGAGAUAUGGAUGCCGACGAUUUCUCAGGGAUGGUUACAAGACAGCAUUGGAGGAUCCCAAUAGAUUGUACUAUGAGCCAGCUGAGCUGAAAGUGUUUGAGGACAUUGAGUGUGAAUGGCCACUAUUCUGGACGUACCUCCUUCUUGAUGGUGUGUUCAAUGGUAACAAGGAACAAGCUGAUGAAUACGCUGAGGGAUUGAGAGACAUACUGGUACCCAUGAGUGACUCCACUAAAGCCAUACCGGAGCUGUACUAUGUACCUAAAGAUAAGGUCGCACUUGAAUACAAGAAUCCUCAUAGCCAAGACAGAGUGGCUGGAGGGAAAAUCCCUCACAUCUGGGGUCAGGCCCUGUAUAUUCUUGGUCUUCUACUUCAAGAAGGCUUUAUAGCUCCUGGUGAAGUGGACCCACUCAACAGACGAAUGUCCGCUGAGCCCAAGCCAGAUCUUGUCAUCCAGGUUGCCUUGCUAGCCGAGGACGACAUGAUUCAGAGCUUCAUGAAGAAGCACGGUUUUGACAUCCAAACCGUGGAGGAGGCAUCCCCAGUUCAAGUUCAUCCUGCCCGGGUUCUUACCCGUCUCUAUAAACAACUUGGUCAUAACAAGAAGCUAGGUCUGUCGGGAAACGUUUCUAAGGAGAAUGGUUUACUGAGUACCAGUAAACUCUACAACGCUCAUGGAGAAAUCCUAGCCUUUGUACCUCAGUUCAUGGAUCAGCAUCAGUUCUAUCUUGCCCUUGACAAUGAUCUGUUGUCGGACAUCUCCAAGACGGAUGUCGCCUACCUGCGUUACAACUGGAGAGAGCUCGGUCGGCCAAUCAUCACCAUCAUCAUCACACAAAGCAUGAUGGGACUUCACAAGAAGAGAAGAACUCCAAGCUCAUCUGAGAAGGGAUCAAAUGAGGGAUCUGAAUCUCCAGAGCAACCCUGUGAAUAUUUCUUUGUUGGUGAGCACGGCAUGUUGCAGUCCGCUAUGUGGUCUGUCAUUCGUAAGAUUAAGACGGGCUACCUUAACGGGGUGCAGGUCAAGCUAGGUCACCUCAAAGAUUUCCUGAGCACUUCCUGCAUCAAACAUUUGAGCUUCCUUGAGACUGUGGAACAAGGAGAAGGGGUGAAGGUACAGAAAUUUUUCGGGCCACAUGACGAGUCGGCAUCCCCCAAGCCUUACCUGCCACCUGUCGUGGAGUUCAAGGAAACCAAACCAGCAACAGCUCCGCCUUCAGCUAGCCAGGCGUAUUAUCAGCGCAAGAUGUCCGUCAGUGGGAUUGUCAAACGUACGCGGUCUAUCGACCUCGACGGUGGACAUAACAGUAGUACAAGAAGCCUCCUCAGCCAAGACGACCGGCCAGAACUCGCUAAAAUUGACGAGCAAGAAUUGUCCCCGGUGCCCACCUCCGAUCAGCAAUUUUUAACCUGGUGUGAAGUUGUUAGAUCCCCAAAUAAACUAAGCUCCAAGCCGUCAUUUCAUCUUCUACCUGAAGAUACCGGUGGCUCUCCCAUGAGGCGUACUGCAAGCUGGGCAGAGGAUAAAGCGUUAGUGGAGAUGUACAGUGGAUUGAACUCUGAAGAUCUCCUGGAACAGCUUUCCCAAUCUGUAUCACUCAAUGAUCAAGCUGACAUUCUACACUAUCUCUAUGUCACAGAAGGGAUAAACUGGGACACUGGACUCAGUAAGACGGGAGAGAAGAAAGUGACCGUAGAAACAUUGAUGGAGGAGUUGUAUUACAAGAGUGCACACUUUAAGGCGUGGUCUGUGGUCCGCCACACCGCCGGCAUCUUACAGAAGAAAGUGGAGAAUCUAGCCCAGUCUGUGACCAGCUUAUUAGUGAGGCAGAAACAGCUGUCUGUGGGCUUACCCCCUGAGCCAAGAGAGAAGAUCAUCACGGCACCUUUACCUCCUAAGCAACUCCAUAAGGUCAUCAAGGAGGCGUGUGGGGAGGACCGGAGUUCUGCUGUGCUUACUCAGGAGUUACUGGUUUACCUGGCAAUGUUCAUACGGACAGAACCCAAACUGUUUAAUGAGAUGCUACGGCUGAGGGUUGGCCUAAUUAUGCAGGUCAUGACCUCUGAACUUGCUCGCACCAUGGGAUGCCCAGGAGACAAAGCGUAUGAGCAUCUGAUGUCCCUAAGUCCCUAUGAGUUAAAAGACUUACUGCAUCAUAUCCUGAGUGGCAAGGAGUUUGGAAUAUCUGCAGUUAGUUCUCGUAGGCCAACAGGAGGUUUGGAGAGGCAGUUGUCCAUCGUCAGCGCUCCCAAAGAUGACUUGUCUGGUCUAUCUCGUCUCAAACGCCAAAUGACGAGUUCAUCUGGUAAGAUGUCCCUGAAACUUGAAGAUGAUAACUGGGAGGAAGAGAUGUACGAGGAGAGAGUUGGCCAGUGGUUGAGACGGCGGAGAUUGGACGGCUCCCUCAACCGAGCACCCGCAGAGUUCUACUACAAAGUCUGGAAGAUUCUAGAAAAGUGCCAUGGACUCAGUAUCCAGGGCUACGCCCUCCCGCAUCACAUGACCAGGGAAAUGACGGAGCACGAGUUCAAAUUCUCCCUGCAAGUGGAGUCGGCCCUCAAUCGGAUCCCGCAGCCAGAGCUUCGUCAGCUGGUGGUCGAAGCACUAAUGGUGUUGUCCCUGAUCGUUGAGAAUGAUUGGUUGCGAGAUCUAGGUGCUGUCAUACAAGUGGAAGGGUUGGUGUACGAUGCAAAUGGUCUCUUCCUGAAAGAUCAGCUGGAUAUCAAAGGAGAUGCCACGUUAUGCUGUGCCAAAGAUAAAGACCACCUACCCCCGCCCGGCAUCUUAGAAUGCGGAGGGGUGGCCGGUAUCUGUAGUCACUUCUAUGACAGCGCCCCCAGUGGCCGCUUUGGCACCAUGGCGUACCUGGCCAAGGCCACCGCCAACAAGUUGAACUUUUCCCAUAACAUGGACGAGAACGCAGAGGUCGAGUGCAAAGUCAGCUGAUGGGGAUUUAUGUUGC